GAGUCAGUAUUGCAGUGCGCCGCGGUUGCUCCUCCUGAGCGCUGGCGGGCGCUGCGCCUGACGCGGUUCGGCUCGAAUCGUCCCGUUCUCGGCUGCUGCGCUGCUGCGCUGCCGCUGUCCAGUACUGAGCGUUCAGCACCACGAGCGGUGGACAGCUCCCGACCCUCCGAGGAAAGCACAGCAGACCGCCGCAGAACCGCUUCAGCCGGCCUCAUCUACCACCGAGCGCUGUGGCCAUGUACGAUGGGGCGAGGGUUCCCUCCCCUGAGGACGCCGCUAAUGGGGUCCCGCUGCAGCCCGAGACCCCCGCGGCCACACAUCCCAAAGCUAACGAGGAGCCGGAGGAGAAAGAGGGCAUCCCACCUGAGCCGGUCCUGGUGAAGAAGGCUCACCGUGAGAUUCUGGACCAUGAGAGGAAGAGGAGGGUGGAGCUGAAAUGCAUGGAGCUUCAGGAGAUGAUGGAGGAACAGGGGUAUUCCGAAGAAGAAAUCCGACAGAAGGUUGGAACGUUUCGGCAGAUGCUGAUGGAAAAGGAGGGUGUGAUAACUCGAGAAGGCUUGCACCCACGUCCACCGAUCAGGCUGCUUCCUCACGGGGAUGAAGAUCAUAUGGAAAACGCUGCGUACAUUGACGGCUAUGAGGAAGACUAUGAUUGGGAUGGAGAAUAUUACAAGCAAGAUUCAACUGCCUACGAUGAGUGCAGAUCUAAGAGGAAAUCCAGCAGUUCACCUUCCCCUCGGCCAAAGAAGAGGAAAAAGAAGAAGGCAAGAAGACACAGUCGAGCUGACAGCCCGUCUCCAACCCGCAGAGACAAGAGGAAGAAAAGCGGAAAGAAGCACAAAAGAGACAGGUCCACAUCUGGCUCAAGGAGGAAGAGGAGACACAGAUCUGGGAGCCCCAAAAACAAACACAAAGACAAGAGCAAACAGAAGAAGAGGUGA